AUGAACACUAUGGACAACGCGUCGCACUCACGUGCCAAUUCUGUGGAUCAACACACUUAUGCACUCAUCCUGGAGCACAUCCUCAAUGACCCUGCCACCUACGAGCUCCCUCUGCGCACCAUGUACACCAUCAACUCGACGCCUGCAACACGUGCUGGUCACUCUUUCUCCCACUCACGUACGCGCGAGAACUCAAUCGACUCGCGUGCCGGCGAUUCGCCAACUUCGCCAAACUUCCCCUUCCGCAACGACACUGCCGAGGAAUCAUUGACGACAAACCUGAUGGCUCAGAUGGCUAGCCUUCCCUCGCAGCCCACCUCGCUACCACCUUCAUUCAUCACUGCCUUCUUGCGCAAAGCCUUCUCGUCCGAUCUUCGCUUCGUCGACUUCCCUCAAUCAUUGACCGGCCUCGACUACCUCAAGGACCUCGAGACCAGAAGACGCAGAGAAGUCGGUGCCGCCUUGGAGUGUCUGGGCAUCAGCCGCGACACUAUCGGUGCCGCGGAGGAGGAGUUAUCCAAACGCUACCCCGGCGUCCUCUCGUGGUUUCGCACGCUUGAAGAGAAGGAACGCAAGAUUGAGGCUCUAUACACACAGCUCUAUGUCGCCCUCCGUCGCUGGGUUCUCAUCAACGAGCUUUCUUUGACUCCCUUCAACAAGCACAACUGUGUCGCCAUGCUCAACACCCUAUACCCUCCCAUCGUCUCUAGCCGGCCCACUUCUAAACUCACCCCUGGCAUCCUGAAGAAGCAACGCGACACUUUCUUCAAGUACAUCCAAGCUGUCGAGAAGAGCGGUCCCUCAGUCUUGGUCAACCUAAUCCAACAAGGCAAGAAGCCUACCGACGAGAAUGGCUGGGCCUCGACUCGCAACACCCUCGACAUGUACCUGCAGGUUGCCAACAGUCUGAUCUCUGAAUGCCAGGAGAUUCUUUACACCGACACCGAUUCUAUCGUCGACUCUGCCGAGACCAAGCGCAAGGGCCGCAAGGUCGACUCAGGUAUCAGUUUCCCUGACUCCGAAACCCGCCGCCCUUCCUCUAGCAGCAGCAAGAGCAGCAAGAGUUCCUUCUCCGAGGACGCGCCGGUCAAUGAAAUGCGUCGCAAGUCAUCGUCUGGUAUCCUCAAGUCAUCGGGUCUAAUGAAGUUCGCUCGUGACAUGAAGCACCUGGGCUUCUCAAGGACUGAUGUCGACGAGAUGAUCAAGCCAUCUGCUCCUACACCUACGCCUUCCUUCCCGGAGGUCGAGGCAGCCACACCUGACAGAUCAUCCAAGAGUCUACGCAAGAUCCGCAGUUUCAGCAACCUCGGCGGCCUUCGUUCGGCCAACUCAAGCUCGACCUCGCUGGCUAGCAGUGGUUACCGCAGCGACGUCCCCCACUUCGACGCUGAUGAGAUGAAGCGACAACGUCUCAUCUAUGAGGCCAAUGCAGCAAAGCAGCAAAGACCUUGA